AUGACUUCUUCUUACGACCAUUCCAGUAUGGAUCAUGGUGACAUGGGUGGCCAUGACGAUAUGUGCUCAAUGAAUAUGUUAUUCUCCUGGUCUUACAAGAAUACAUGCGUGGUAUUUAAGUGGUGGCACAUCAAAACAAUCCCUCAUCUUGUAAUCAGUUUUGCAGCCAUAUCAUUUUUGGCGUACCUUUAUGAAUACCUCAAAUAUUACUCCUUCAAGUCUAUGAACAAUCAGUCUUCAUCUUCAAACAAUGCAACGACUGCGGGCUCUUUGAAAUUGAAGAAAAGCAUAUGGUAUGGUAUCCAGGUUGGGUUCUCCUUCAUGCUUAUGCUUGUAUUUAUGACAUACAAUGGUUGGUUGAUGAUUGCUGUCGUUGUAGGAGCUAUGUGGGGGCACUAUUCUUGGGGUGCUGCGACCGAGGUCGCCCCGAGAAACUCACUCGCAUGCCAUUGA